AUGCGUGUACUUGGUUUCCCGAAGCCAAUCUCUUUGGAGAGCUUUAGGACUCCUAACUGGGACCUCAUGGAGGAGUGUCUCCGCUGGCUGGCUGCCAGGGUGGAGCCUGACGCGGAGCUGGGAGGGGGCAAGCAGACCGUGGAACAACGGGUAGCACUCGUUACACAUGCCAUCGCGCUCUUCCACUCACGCGCCAACAUAAAACUGAACGGCAAGCGUGUGUACGGCGCGGACGGGUGGGCGGUGCGCGAGCUGAUGAAGGUGGCCAGCAUGCUGCGCGCCGCGCUCGACGCGCCCGCCGCCGACGACCCCCAACACGACAGCUCGCCGCUCAGCUACGACUUCACCAGCCGGCUGGGCGAGAUCAAACAAGCACGUGCUCUGGCGACCGAUAUAACCGCUCAGGGAGCUUUCCUCUACGAUUUACUAGCUAAGGAGGCAGAAAAUAAGGAGGCACGCGAGCAGGCCCUGUCCCGUCCGCUGGACAUGUCGGGCAUGGAGGGCAGCCUGCGGCGCGCGCUGGAGGCGGUGGCGGCGCAGGUGGCGGCGGCGCGCGACCACAUCGACAACGUGGCCGCCAGCGAGGCCGCGCUCGACGCCAAGCUCGAGCGGAAGCGCGCUGAGCUCGUCCGCGCUGAGAAGAGGCUCCAUACUGUGCAGAAAAUCAAGCCUGCGUACCAGGGCGAGCUGACGGCGCUGGAGUCUGAGAUCGAGCAGCUGUGGGAGCAGUACGUGCUGCGCUACCGCUGCGUGGAGGCGCUCAAACACCAGCUCAGCGUGCUCGAGACCGCGCAGGCAGAGGCGGCGGAGGAGCAGCAGGCGGCCAUAAUGCAGCUCAUACACAAGUACGAGGCUGAGGACGUGCUCGGGAAGCUCAGCGACUCCGAUGACUCGGAGUCAAGCGACGAUGGCAAGGAGCUGAGCGAGGUGAAGCAGCCCAGACCUGCUACCAGACCCAAGACACGGCUGAGGAUCAAGACUGCAGGCACGGUGGCGGCGGAGGCCCGGCGCGCCUUCGGCAGCAUGGCGGCGCGCGACUCGCUGGACGACAUCCGCGACGAGGACGACUCGCGCUCCGACUCCGACUUCUCCGACAAGCAGGCCUUCGGGGACCUAUCCAUUUCCAGUGGUGGCGACAUGCCGUCCCGCUGGUCCCGCGCCCGGCCGCGCCCCGCCACGCGGACGCUGGCCGCGGCUGAUGAUGACGACUUCGCUGAUCUCAUUGAAGGCGUGGAGAGCGUGGAGGCGGGGGACUCGCUGGGCAGCAGCUCGGACAGCGAGCUGCGCGUCGGCAGCGCGCGCGCCAGCGGCCGCGGCCCGCGCGCCAGCGCCGCGCCCGCACUCAGCGACAACGAGUUCUAG